UGAAAUGUCAAAAUAACAAACAUGGUGCUUAAUUUCGUUUAUUGAUAUCAAAUUACUUACUAAACAUAUUAAACUAUAAACUAAUAAAAUUAUGGCGAACCAUUAUGAAGUGCCCAACUGGGCCGGGAAACCUCCCGUUGGGCUUCAUUUAGACGUGUUAAAAGGCGAUAAACUAAUACAGAAACUGAUGAUUGACGAGAAGAAAUGCUAUCUAUUCGGCAGGAACGCUCAAAUGAACGAUUUUUGCAUCGAUCACGCCUCUUGUUCGAGGGUCCAUUCCGCUUUAGUGUGGCACAAACACCUCGAUAGAGCCUUCUUAGUAGACUUGGGAAGCACACACGGCACGUUUAUAGGAACAUUACGAUUGGAAGGGUACAAACCUACUCAACUUCCUAUUGAUUCUAGUUUUCAUUUCGGCGCUUCGACGAGACACUACGUAAUUAGAGAGAGACCUCAGACUGGAAUUAGGCCUAUAAUCGAUGAAAUCGAGAAAGCUGGUGAAGAUUCCGAGGGCGGUUUGUUGGGUUUGCCCGAAACCGAAACAGAAUUAGACAAUUUAACGGAAUUCAAUACGGCGCAUAACAGGAGAAUAUCGAUGUUGGGUAUAACGGACGAUGCAGACAAACGGAGCAGGAAAAGGAAACGCCACAACGUAUCCUUCAACGAAGACGAAGAAGUCAUAAAUCCCGAAGAUAUCGAUCCCUCUAUCGGCAGGUUUAGGAAUCUAAUACAAACCACCGUCGUUCCCACGUCCUCGAAAAGGGCCAAAAUCGCCGAAAGCAUCGGCAUAAGCGCGUCGGAAUUUCGCCAACCGAAACCCGUCCAUCACCUAAACGCUUCUACGAACGAUCUGUAUACCGAUUUGCCGCCCGAAUCGCACCCGUCGGGCGCCGGCGGAUUGGGCAUCUACAGCUCGUUGAGCUCGCGAUUGGGCAUGGUGUUGCCCAAUCCGGCGCCCGACGUCGACAUGGGGCAGACGUUCGCGAGCCCGGCGAGCUUCGUGCCCCAACAAGUGCAAGCCGGCGAUCCGAUGGAGCCCAAGAAGAAGAAGUACGCGAAGGAGGCCUGGCCGGGGAAGAAGUCCGUGCAGACGUUGUUGGUGUAGAUUGUCUCCACAAAGUGUAAUUGGGGCUCGUUAGAGGCGACGUCCGAGUUAUUCAUAAGUAAUUUAUAUUAAAUAUUGAUUUUAUUU